AUGAAGUUUGUAAACCCAUUUAACUUCGGAUUAAACAAGAGCACAACUACUAAGAAGACUCCUCUGCACCAAGGCAUCUGCCAGAUACCCAUAUGGUUUUUACUUACUUUCCUUUUCUGGAGCCCUUCAGAUGGGGGGAAGGUUUUGGUAAUCCCCUUGGAUGGCAGCCACUGGCUCAGUAUGCGUCUGGUUCUGGAACGCCUUCACCAGAGAGGACAUGAAAUCGUGGUGAUUGCUCCUGAUGUACGCAUGAGGAUUAAGCCAUCCAUACAUUACACAUUGAAAACCUUUGCUGUCCCCUACGGAGAAGAAUACAUGAAAGAAGAAGUCAAACAAUUUGGCCAGAAGGCUUUUUCGCAGCAGCCUUUCUUGGCAGAAAUGACUGAGAUGAUUGCAACAACAAGACAUAUUACCACACGUUUCUUCAACACCUGCAAGCAACUUUUGUACAACAAAGAGAUCAUUGCUUACCUUGAAGGAAACCAAUUUGACGUUGUAUUUACAGUUCCGGUGUCACCAUGUGGACAGAUCUUAGCCGAGCAUUUAUCCCUCCCUUCUGUUUACUACUCACGGGGUUUCCACUGCGGUUUAGAGGCAACCCAGUGUCCAAACCUGCCUUCUUAUGUCCCAGAAUACUUCACAGGCUACACAGAUCAUAUGGACUUUAAUCAGCGGGUAAAGAACUUUCUCAUCAGCCGUUUGGGAUUCUUGAUGUGUUCUCUUCUUUAUUCAUCAUUCAACAUUCUCAGCACAGAGUUCCUGCAGCGAGAGGUGACAGUACACGAGUUAUAUAGCCAGGCAUCCAUCUGGCUUCUGCGCUACGACUUUGCAUUUGAGUAUCCCCGGCCUCUCAUGCCAAACAUGGUCCUCAUUGGAGGUAUACACUGUGAAAAGAAGGCUCCGCUGAUACAGGUUGGAAUUGCUCUAAAUGUUACACAUACGUACAGUUGA